CACUUGAUUCUGUAAACUUAAUUCAAAGCUAUUUCUCAACAAUGGCUUGUCAGUUCGUAGCACUGUGCGCCCUGGUGGCUGUUGCCCACGCUGGGGUCAUUUCCUCUCCAGCUUUGUCCUACACAGCUCCAGCUUCCUUGGCCUAUUCUGCACCGUUGACCAGAACCUUGGUGUCCUCUCCAGUACAGAAGCAGAUCAUUGCCGAUGAGUAUGACCCUAAUCCGCAGUACGAAUUUGCGUACCAGGUAUCCGAUUCGAAGACCGGUGACCAGAAGUUUCAGCAGGAAUCUCGCAAUGGAGACGUCGUCCGGGGAGUUUACUGGCUGGUGGAACCCGAUGGCACCAAACGAACCGUUGAAUAUUCCGCUGAUUCGAUCCAGGGAUUUAACGCCGUUGUUAGCCGAGAACCAUUGAAUAUCAAAUCCAUCGCAUCUGCCCCAGUUAUUGCCUCCAAAACCUUGAUCUCUCAACCAACCAUCGCCAAGACUUUGGUCGCUCAACCGGCGUAUGCUUCCUAUUCUGCUCCUCUAAUUCCCCUGAUUUCCAAGACUAGUUACGCCACAUCCGAAUCCUAUUCCUACAACAAGUAGGAAACCACGAUUCAAGUCAAGAGUUUGUAAAGACCGUGGCUCAGCAGAUAGAUUUGCUAUCUUCUAAGCCAACAGUCUUUAAAUUAGAACUCGACUAUAGCAAUGAUGAUGGGAAAUGCCUACGUUGUUGUCGGUUCUUUUCAUCUCGAAAAGACGCGAUUAGUUAAAAUUGUUGGAAUUUCCAUGAAAUUCAAUCUGUGCUCUUGUGUUUUUUUAAUUUUUGUAAAU